AUGCAUGCUUGCACAUGUUUAUCUGUGGAUCCGGAGAAGGUGCAGCGCGUGGUGCUGAAUGAGCAGCGACUCAUAUUCAGGGAAAGCGAGGCGGUGUUGCUGCAAAAAGGCGACGAGGGCGAAUCGUUUGCGGUUGGAGGUGUAGGUGCGAAUUCAAACUGCCAAAAACUGCCUCUGAACUUCUGUAUUCCAAAUCAGCACCCUGGUGUUCAGAAUGGCGUCUGUCAGCAGAAGGACGACAGCAGCAGCCGAGACGAGAAUGUGGAGAGAGGAAACUGGGCGAGCAAGCGGGAGUACAUCCUGUCCAUGAUCGGCUACGCGGUCGGCCUCGGCAACGUCUGGAGGUUCCCCUACCUGGCUUACAGAAACGGGGGAGGCGCCUUCCUCAUCCCCUACUUCAUCAUGCUGAUGGUGGCCGGACUGCCCGUCUUCCUCAUGGAGUGCUCCCUCGGCCAGUUCUGCAGCCAGGGGCCUAUCAACGUCUGGAUGGCCGUACCCAUAAUGCAAGGUGUGGGGAUCACGAUGGUGCUGGUGAGCAGUUUAGUAGCAAUUUACUACAAUGUCAUUAUAGCCUACAGCAUCUAUUACAUGUUUGCAUCCUUCCAAUCACCGUUACCCUGGAGCAACUAUGCCAUUUGGUCAGAUAAGAACUGCAGCCUGACCCCUAGAGAUAACGGCAGCAGUGUGGUGAACACGAUGUGGACGACUGAGCAGAACACCACCUUCCCAGGAGCAAAUAUCAGCAGUGCACCAGCGCAAAACCCCAGUGAACGAUACUGGAAUGAGGUGGUGCUCCAGCGUUCCGGGGGCCUGGGUGAGACUGGAGAGAUCUUGAGGCCCCUGGGACUCUGCCUCUUGCUUGCCUGGGUGCUUAUUGGCGGAGCCCUUUACAAAGGCAUUAAGUCCUCUGGGAAAGUGGUGUAUUUCACUGCAACCUUUCCCUAUGUGGUUCUCUUCGUACUUUUGGUGAGGGGACUGACUCUGGAGGGAGCCAGAGACGGCAUUCAGUACUAUAUUGGCUCCCAGUCCAAUCUGACCAAGCUAAUGGAAGCGGAGGUGUGGAGAGAUGCCGCGACUCAGAUCUUCUACUCUCUCUCAGUUGCCUGGGGAGGACUGACGGCCCUUUCUUCCUACAACAAGUUCAAGAACAACUGUUACAAGGACUGCAUCGUCGUCUGCCUUACAAACUGCGGCACCAGCAUCUUUGCUGGUUUUGCUAUCUUCUCCAUACUGGGCCACAUGGCCCAUGUGUACGAGAAGCCAGUACCUGAAGUUGUUGAGUCAGGCUUUGCCUUGGCUUUUGUCGCCUACCCAGAAGCCCUCUCAAAGCUCCCCGUAUCUCCAUUAUGGUCCAUCCUCUUCUUCUUUAUGCUGCUCACCCUUGGUUUGGACUCACAGUUUGCUAGCAUAGAAACUAUUACAACUUCCAUUCAAGACGCUUUUCCCAGGCUCUUCAGGUCAAAGAGGUUCCACAUCACCGUAGCAACCUGUGCCAUCCUUUUCCUGAUUGGUCUGCCUUGUGUCACCAGAGCAGGAAUAUACUGGGUGAAACUGCUAGACCAUUUCUGUGCUGGCUGGAUACUGCUGGUCACUGCAUUGCUGGAGCUCAUUGGAUUGUCCUACAUCUACGGGGCAAACCGGUUUAUCAAAGACAUUGAGAUGAUGAUAGGGACUAGGAGCGCCCUCUUCUGGCUGUGGUGGAGAGCCUGCUGGUUAUUCAUCACUCCAUGCGUGCUUUCAGUGAUUCUGGUUUGGUCAUUGUCCAGCUUCACCCCCCCGACCUACGGCUCAGUGGUUUAUCCCAGAUGGGGCUUGUCCCUUGGGUGGUGCCUCCUUACAUUCUGCCUUAUUUGGAUUCCCGUUGUAUCUAUGUGGAAGCUGUGGAAGGCUGAGGGUAGCCUUUGGCAGCGCUGUAAAGUGGUUUGUACUCCGACGGAGAAGUGGGGGCCCUACCUGGAGAUCCACCGGACUGAGCGCUAUGCACAGUCCCUGCAAAUGAGCCCCAGCAUGGAGAUGUCAGCUCCCUCUAGUGGCAGCGGCACCAGCUGUGGCCUGGCCACUCACACAUCAGAGCCUGUGAACUACAGCACAUUAUUUUGAUUUUUUUUCUCUCGUCCACCGCUGUCGCUCCCCUGAUAACUUGGAUGUUUCCAUUACCAGAUGUUUCCAUGUGUGGUAGCAGAGGGCAGCUGAAGCUUGCUGCUUAAGUUCACCUAUCCAAAGUUCAUCCCACUGGCCUCAUAGUCCCUGCAACUCAC